GGGAAAAAAAAAAGUUCUAAGGGGGCGGAACGAGAACAAGGGGCGGGUGAAAGCCAGGUAGGUUGGGUUGGAGGCGGGGUCUGCGUGGGGAGGGGUCUGAAGCGAGCGUGGCCAGGAUGACUGGGCUUGGCUCUCACUCAGGUGAGGCCGCCCCGGGAGGCCUAACCCCGGCCGGGGCGGGGAGCAGUCGUGCUUUGGGCAGCGGCCAGAAGCUGCAGAGCCUCAGGCUUCCGCCUGGCCCCAGGCACGCGGGAGCCCCGCGGGUCCUGCCCGGGUGAGUGGAGUCUCCGGACAGAUCCACGACUAAGGGGUUACUGGGGUGGGGAAUCUCCUCUCCUUCCAGGUGGAGCCAGCAGCUCUCAGGGAGGACCUGGCGGGGUUCGCCGACACAGAAGAGGCCUCAGAAUAUGGAAGACUGAGGCCUGUUGACAGUGCAGAGCUCCGCCCUGGCACCAUCUAUUCUGAAGAGCUCCAUGCAGGUGCCUCAGGAUGGAGAGGAUCUUGCUAACCAACCCUGGUACCAUGGCCCCCUGUCCCGCCAGAAGGCUGAAACUCUUCUUCAGCAAGACGGUGAUUUCCUGGUUCGUGCCUCUGGGUCCUGUGGGGGCCACCCUGUGAUCUCCUGCCACUGGCAGGGUUCAGUCCUACACUUUGAGGUGUUCCAUGUGGCCCUGCGUCCCCGGCCAGGCCAGCCUGUGGCCCUCUUUCAGCUGGAGGAUGAGCAAUUUCCCAGUAUGCCUGCCCUGGUUUGCAGUUAUGUGACCAAUCGGUGCCCACUGUCCCAGGCCACAGGGGCUGUGGUCUGCAGGCCUGUGCGGCAGGGGCCUCUGCAACGCAGCUUUAGUGAUGACACCCUCAUGGACAGCCCAGCUUAGAUAGAGCGUCUCAGGGAAAGGAAGUGGAGCAACAGUCAGCCUGCAGACUUGGUGCAUAUGUGGCAGUCAAGAGAAGACCACUCUGAACCAGGCCACAGGCCUCCUGGGUGUGACCAAGCUUCAGCGGGCCAACAUGGGGGUGGCCUCUGGCCUGGAGCUGCUCACACUUCCCCAUGGGCAUCUCUUGAGGUUGGAACUGCUAGACAGACCCCUGCCCUCCACCUCUGUAGGCAUGAGACGCUGGCGCUGGCCGUGCUGGGCUGUUCUGGGGCGCUGGAGGAGCGCGCUGCUGCACUGAAGGGCCUGGUAGAACUCGCACUGACUCUGCGACCAGGGGCGGCGGGAGACCUGCCUGGGAUGGCCGCAGUCAUGGGUGCCCUGCUCAUGCCCCAGGUGCGUGGGGAGCAGGGAUGGGAGGAAGCUGGAGUGCAAGCGACCGGAAGCGGAGAGGAGGCAUGCUCAGGUGUCUUCCCUGAGGUGUCUCGGUUGGAGCACACGUGGCGCCAGCUCCGAGGGAGCCACACAGAGGCUGCGCUGGCCUUUGAGCAGGAGCUGAAGCCGCUAAUGCGGACUCUGGAUGAGGGCGCGGGACCCCACGACCCGGGCGAGGUGGCACUGCCACAUGCGGCACCUGUGGUGCGUCUGCUGGAGGGCGAGGAACUCUGGGGGCCGCUGGACCAGAGCUGCGAACGGCUGCUGCGCACCCUACACGCGGCGCAUGGGGUGGCUGGGAACACGCCCAAAUUCUGCCGCACGGCCCAGCGCCUUCCAGGAUUCUGGCCUAACCCAGAGCUGAGAGAGGCCCUGACCACUGGCUUCUUGUGGAGGCUGCUCUGGGGUCGCCUCCUGCAUGGGAGGUGUGGGAGCUCCGAGAGCACAGCGACUGGAGCCGAGGACGCAGGCCCCCUUCACAGCCAGGACCUUACACUCCUCACACCGCCAUAGGCAGUGGAGACCCAUCUCCCUACCCCCAACAGAAGGAGGAAGGAGUUGCAAGAAUCCCCUGCCUCCUAAAAAUGCAUGGAUCCUGGGGGGGAGGGGGGGCCUGUAAGGCUACCCACAGCUGAGACACUUAAGAAACCAGCAAUUGAGCCCACUGGGGUGACUCACAUCUGUAAUCCUACCACUCCGGGAGGCAGAGGCAAGUGGACUGCUACAGCUCAGGAGUUUGAGCAAGAGAGACUCAUCUCUACAAAAAGUAGAAAAAUUAGAUGCUACUGUGGAGUCUAGGGCAGGAGGAUCACUUGAACCCAGAAGUUUGAGGUUGCUGUGAGCAAGGCUGAUGCCAGGGCUGCUGACAGAUGGGACUCAAGUCUCAAAAAAAAAAAAAAAAAAAAGCAGCAGCUACAUUGCAAAGACGGUAAAAGACCUGUAGCUCUGGCAAUCAGAGGCCAAAGUUCAAAUGUGACUCUGCCCUUUAAAAGCUGUGUGAAUUCUAGCAGAUCACUUGACCUCUCUGUGCCUGCCUUCCACAUUAAAACAAGAGUUGUGCACUUCCCAUAUAGGAGUUUGCAAGAAUUAAAGCUUAAUGUUUAAAUGAGAUCAUGAGUGGGUAGAGAAUGGCUGGAACACUGUAGGCACUGGGUAAAUACUACCUGUUCUCAAUAAACUCCACUGCA